AUGCCUGAUCGACUACCUCUGACUGUUUUUGUUCGACAAUGUCUCAAACGUUUAGUAUAUUAUUUGAAAACUUUACUACGUGCUAUAAUAGUUGCUAUUGUUUGGCUUGUUAUUCUUCCUUAUUCAACAUUAUGUACUUGGCGCUUUUAUUUCUGGAGUGGUGAAACUAUUGGAUUCUUCACCAAUACUACCAAAAACGUCACAUUUAACAUAUUAUAUAUAUAUAAUAGAUCUUUUUUAUCGGAUUGUUUUGAAGGUCAAGUAAUCACUGCAUUCGUCAUUGUGAUUUUUAUCGCUGCUUACUUGUUUCGGGAAUGGGCUAUGCAAAAUCUACCUGUUGAAGAAGAGCCUCAAGAAGAUGAAGAACAUUUGGGUAAUCAACAACAUAAUUUCAAUGAACGACAAGAUACUCCUAAUGAAGAUAACGAAGAUCAAUUACGAGAACAACAACAGGUCGCUAUCGAUACUUUACUUCAUGCAAUUCAAAAUAUCAAUACUCCCAACAAUGAUAUAGAAGCUGAACGAAAUGAAUUACAUGCUCGAUUGGCCGAAAUGCGAAGAGUCUUGGAACAAAAACGAAAUUUGACAGAUGAACAACAAACUGGAUCAUCAACACCUCACAAUACUACUUAUGAAGAAAGAAAUACACUCCCAUCUUGGUUACUUGAUGAUGAUGAUGAUGAUGAUAAUUUAUCCACUCCUGAAUUCUCUGAAGAAGACGACGAUGAAGAAGAACAACACACAACAUCACUCUACAAUGGUACUAUGAAUCCACCUACUGCUCCCGCUCCUGCUCCUGCUCCUCCUCCUCCUCCUCCUCCUGCUGCUGCUGCUAUUGUGGAAGAAAAUGAAAAUGAUGAAGGAGGUGAUGAUGAAAUGGAACCUUUUGAUUUUGGUGAUGAUAUCGAUGGUGUAUUAGAGGCUGUAGGUAUGCGUGGUAAUCCUUGGAUGCUCCUACAAAAUUCUGUGCUUAUGUCUCUGAUGGUCAGUUUAUGUCUGGGUGUUGCUGUUUGGAUCCCAUAUGUUGUAGGAAGAUUAGUUAUUUCGAUCAAACCCAUGAGUUUUAUUCAAACACCUAUAUCUGUUAUGCGACUUUUGACUGAUCCUUUGGUAGACUUUAUACUUGAUCGUGGUAUUCCUUUGGUUUGGACUUGGCUGACAACUAAAUUAACGUUCAAUACAUUUGUACCUGAUUCCAUCCUGUUGGCGACUAAUACUUUAAUGACCCGACUUCAUACUAUACUGGAUGACUUUUUAUUACCUUCUGGCUACACCAACAUGACAACAUUAGACACUACAUUGCAAUGGACAAAUUUACAACAAGCAAUCGAAUCAAUGGGCGACAAUUUAUUAAAACGCUGGCAACAAUUUGCAAUUGGACAAAGCGGAUUGGAUCGAACGAUUUGUAUUCUUGUAGGAUAUCUCGUACUUGUCUUGAUUGGAUCUUGGUAUCUCGGUGCUGGACAGCAUGGUGAUACUGUUCAAGAUAUUCUUCGACAACAAGGUGAUUUCCUCAAAGUAGUAUUCUUUAUUGUCAUUGAACUUGUGAUUUUCCCUCUAUCUUGUGGUGUAUUACUUGAUGGUUGUACGCUACCUCUUUUUGUGGAUGCUUCGGUGGCCAGUCGAUGGGCUUUCUAUCAAAGCAAUCCUUAUUCAUCGUGCUUUUUACAUUGGUUCUUUGGUACUGGCUUCUUGUUUGGUGUGGCUGUUUUUGUUGCUUUAUGUAGAGAAGUUGUCCGACCUGGUGUUAUCUGGUUUAUCCGUGAUCCCAAUGAUCCUCAAUUUCAUCCUAUUCGUGAAAUGAUUGAACGUCCUACGUUACCAUUACUUCAAAAGAUUGCUCAUAGUGCAAUGAUGUAUGCUGGUUUGAUUACGGCUGCUAUUGGAACUGUUGUCUAUACUUUGGAUUACAUGACUGAUGCUUUUCCUCUUUUUGUCCCAUUGGACACACCAUUCUCAACAUUAUCCUUGGAUUUACUUGCGGUACAAUUCCUAUUAUCACCAUUGAUUUCAUAUCUUGAACCUCGUGAAUAUGCCAAAUAUAUAUUGGACAGCUGGUGGCGAUGGACUAGUCGACAACUUCGAUUGACGUCAUUUAUGUUUGAUGGACGAUAUCCAGAAGAAGAAGGUAGUCAUGUACGACACACUUUCAAAGCAUGGUUAUUACGACAACAGGUGGCUACCAUUCCUUCUGGUAAUGACGAUGAUCAUGUGUAUGGUGAUGUGGGUAUUACGCAAAAUGGUGAUCAAUAUUCGCAGCAACAUACUCAAGCAGCUGUCACUUUCCAACGCAAUGGUCAACUGCUUCGAGUACCUAAAUUGGAUACAGUGCCUGUGAUACCACGUCGACGAAUGCUUGUUCCUGUCGAUCCUGUGACUUUGGAAGCAAUAGAUGAAGAAGAACGAAGAUUAGGUCAUCCUGCUGCUUCACAAUCUGGUGAUGAAGAUUUGAGUACGAUUAUUGUUUAUGCUCCUCCUCAUUUUAAAUCAAGGCUUAUCGUAUUUAUUGUGCUCAUGUGGUUAUCAAGUUCAUUUCUCACUUGUACUUUGACGGUCGUACCAGUUUGUCUUGGACGUUACCUUUUUAAGGCAUUUGUCACGGAAAAAGCAGUACAUGAUGUAUAUAGUUUUGCCACGGGAGCAUAUGUUAUGGUUAGUUUGGGUCUUGCAAUCGAUUGGACAAUGAAUAAAUAUCAAGCUUGGCAAGAUGGAAGUGCGACAUCAACCGAAAUAUUGGAAUGGACAAAAGAAAAGUUACAAUUGUGUGGAAAGGUAUUAUAUCUGGCAACCACUCUUGGGUUUAUUGUACCACUGUUAUUGGGUGUCAUGGUUGAUUUAUACUUGUUUAUGCCUUUACGUUACUCUAUUCAUGAUGAUCAACCUAUGGUGUUACAUCUAUCGGAAGAUUGGGUAUUUGGUAUUGCUUAUUGUAGCAUCAUUUAUGGAGUGAUUCAAGUUUUACCCAACAAUCGAUGGCAACAUUAUUUCAACCGACUUAUUGGGAAUGGCGGGCUUGCAAACAUGUCGUCGUGGGUGGUCACAAGAUCUUUUGUUGGGCCAGUUAUAUUAGGAACCAUCUUAGCAAUUACCAUACCCGGUAUAUUGGCCUGGGGGUGUGUACAAUGGUUAGGUAUGUAUAUAUAUAUAUAUAUAUAUAAAAUGGUGAAUCAUCUUAAUUAUUGA